AUGACGAUUGAUGCUUUUGUUCGAUUCACCACUCCGAGUGGAAACAUCCAUUACGGCUCUGUGACCCUUCAGCAGCUCACAACUCCUCUCCAGGGGCAGUAUGUGACUGUAUUGAGUGGAACCCCUCUGGCUGGCUUUCAAGAUUCCGAAGAGAAGCAGCAGGUAGACAAGGUUCGUCAUGGUAGUCUCGGCAGAGACACUGUUGUACUGGGGGACGUCCUCAGUCCGAUAGAAUCGACACCUCUGAUCAUCUGCAUCGGGUUGAAUUACAAAAGACAUGCCGAGGAAGGCAAGAAUACGAUUCCAGAUUAUCCAGUGGUAUUUACAAAGCCACCCGAUGCUCUCGCUGGUCCUUACGACACCAUCCCAGUGCACCCUAGCGCUCAGAGCUUGCUUGACUACGAAGGCGAGUUGACCGUCAUCAUUGGUCGUGACGCUAAAAACGUGUCUGCGACCGAGGCUCUCUCUUAUGUCCUUGGCUAUUCCAGCGGCAACGACGUGAGCGCACGAAACUUUCAGAUCAAAAGUGCCAGCGGAGGACAGUUUUGCUAUGCAAAAUCCUUUGACCGCUUUGCGCCCAUCGGACCCGUAGUCGUGUUGGCUCACAAAGUGCCGAAUCCCCAAGACUUGCAACUCUGGACCAAAAUCAACGGCCAACUCAGACAGCAGACAAAUACAGACGACAUGAUUUGGACCGUGGCUCAGAUAAUUGAACACCUGAGUCGAGGGACUACACUGAGACGCGGCACGGUGAUCAUGACAGGCACACCCAGUGGCGUGGGGUGUUUCAUGGAGCCGAGAGGACUCAUCCACAACGGAGAUGUAAUCGAAGUUGGAAUUGACGGACUGGGUUCGCUAGCAAAUAGGUUCAAUUUCGAGGAAAGUCGGAUACCUUCGGGCAACCUUUGA